GUGAUUCUGCAAAAAGUGGACGCUCGCGAAAUAGCAGGCGAGUGAUGAAGUUGAAGAAUUUGCAGAAUUAACACAACGGCAGCGUAUUGGAGCCUUCCAACACGAUCGUUUAACGAAAGUUUCACGAAAGCAUUCCUCUUUUUGCCCCCAAUAUUUGCACAGCGCCGCUGACGAAUUCGUUAGACGAGCCACAACAUUCCGGUCUCCCACACGCUUUUUCGACUGUGAUCGAUUCCGUUUUUGGAGAAAUCACACACGUAAAUCGAAUGUGAUUUUCUCGCCUUAUCAGUGCUUUUAUCUCUGGUGUGCAAGUGACAAAAAAAGGAGGCGCAUGUGGCAAAAGAGUUCAUUACAAUUGAAUUAGCAAUUAAGUGGAGCAACAGAAGUGAGAGAAGUCUUACUUGUGGUUCUUUGCAUUCUACGUGAGAACAAAUGCAAUUAGUCCAGAAAGUGGCAAGGAAGCGCGAGGAGGUAUCAUUUGAGAGGACACGAUUGGCGAUUCGCUGGAGUAAAAGGCAGCUAAAUACUCCAUAAAACACGUGGAGCGAGAGAGAAAGAGAGAGAGAGAAAUCAUCUCGUGGGAGAGAAUAAGUGAUUUUAUCAGUGGAGGAGGCAUUGGAGAAAAGUACUGGAAAUUACAGAGAAAUAUCAAAAACUUCUGGGAGCAACUCUGAGGCAAGCAGAACAAUGUCGCGACAUUUGGUGGCGGUUUGCGUUGUCUGUCUUCUGUGUGCUGAUCACAUGCCGUGCAAGGAGCAUGUCGCUGAUCUCACACAACCUGAACUACCGUCUCACAUAUCACAAGACUUUCACGACGCUCCUCGUGCUGUCGCGAAGAGGCAUGCGGCGAUUCAUCAUCAUGUUGAGGAGGAGGAGCAUGAUCCGGGCAGGAGCUUCCUGAAGCAGAUUUUCAAGAAGUUCGGCAACGAGAGCGACAUGACCAUGAGUUUGGCGGGUUUUGAGAAUAUGCUGGAACAAUUGGGUCUCGUGAAGUACCUCCAGGAGAGGAAUUCAGUUGCAGAAGCAACUGUGGCAGCUACAAAUCCAAAUGAUUCUUGCAUUUCCAGUGAAACCCUUGUGGAGAGAUUAUCACGUGAUAAGAUAUCAAAAUCCAGUGAGGAAUCUACUGAGCGGCAUAAGAAGGACACUCUUAAACUCACCGAAGUCGAUAUGAAGGCAGUUUUCCCCAUUCUUAUGCAUCAUCUUGUGGCGAAACCCACCUCAAUAGAGAGACUUGGUUGUCUAACAUCCGAGCAGUUUAUCACUGAUCAUCAUCCGCACACAGAAGCGGACAAUUUUAUGGCAGUUAGUGAAGAUACAACUUUAGUGUGGAUUUAUGCGUCUCUCUCGAUACUGGGCGUCAGUCUAUGCGGCCUCUUGGGAGUCGCUGUUAUACCAUGCAUGGAGAAGAAGUACUACCAUCACGUGCUGCAAUUUCUCGUGGCUCUGGCAGUGGGAACACUGUGUGGCGAUGCUCUGCUGCAUCUCUUGCCGCACGCCAUGAUGAGCAUCUCACACCAUCACCACGAUGACGGCGGCGAGGAUGAUCACACGACUAUGACGCUGAAGGGACUCGUGGCGGUGAUGGGAAUUGUCUUCUUCUACGCCACCGAGCGUGGGCUGACCAUGAUUGCUGAGUGGAGGAAGCAGCGUCAGAAGAAGGAGAAACCACCGUCACGCGUGCGUGUGAUGCGAGAUCCGGAAUCGGCGUCGCUCAACAAUGCGACUGGAGAGAAAUUGUGCAAGCACAAGUACAGCUCGUAUCCGUAUUGCUAUGAUGAGAUCGCCAUGGAGACGAAGGAUGACCAUCACUUGCACAACAACUAUGAGAAGCCGGGAUCGCCGAGUGGGCAGAAAGUGCCGCAAAGUCGAAAGCACAAUUCUGUGCUGCCGUUUGCGCGACCACAGCCUGAGCAGCAGCAUCAGGAGGCGCUGAUGCACAAUUACACCAUUUCGUCGGCAUUGAGUGAGAACCACAAGGAGGCGACGGCGGCUGUGGCUGAGAAGCCCGAGGUGCCGCCUGAAGAGGUGCCCGCGCAGCCCGUGGAGGAGGCAGCUAAGAGCGAACCGCGCCAUGAGCACAAGUACACGGUGAUUCUGCGGGAGCAUGAGUCGCAGCAUCACGGCCACUCGCACACGCACGGUCACGUUCACUCGCCGCCCAGCUCACUCUCGUCCGUGGCAUGGAUGGUCGUAAUGGGUGAUGGAUUGCACAAUUUCACCGACGGAAUGGCAAUCGGAGCGGCUUUCUCCAACAACAUUGCUGGUGGAUUUUCAACAGCAAUCGCCGUGUUUUGUCAUGAACUUCCACACGAGUUGGGCGACUUUGCUGUGCUACUGAAGGCGGGAAUGUCUGCCCGCCAGGCUGUCUACUACAAUUUGCUGUCGUCAGUGCUUAGUUUCUUUGGUAUGGUGUUAGGUGUCUUCAUUGGUGACACUCCUGAGGCUUCCGGAUGGAUUUUUGCUGUUGCCGCUGGGAUGUUUCUCUACAUCGCUCUCGUGGAUAUGAUGCCGGAACUUACAUCGUCUCAUCAGGAGAAAUGUGCUGUGUCCACGUGUAUUCUGCAAGUUUGUGGAAUGCUGGUUGGCCUCUGUGUAAUGUUGCUGAUUGCACUCUAUGAAAAUGAUCUCAAGAGCAUCUUCACAGCUGAUCACGGUCACUCUCACUAUCAUCACCAUCAUCAGCAUUAGGAAGGGCUGCUCUUCUAUACUUUGGAAGCGGAAAGAGAGUUAGAGGAUGAAAAGUUUGGGUGAAACAGCAGCAGGAGAGCAUAUUAGGUUUUAUAAUUAUUUUUUAGAAUUGAGAGAAGAAGUAGAAUUUUACAAUUUUUAUCUUAUAUUUUGUCAAUAUAUAUAUAUAUACAUAUAACAUGUAAUUUAGGUAGGGAAAAAAAGAUAGAGAAGAAGGAAGGAAAGGAAAUUUACAAUGCAAAAAUGAGACGUAGAUUUACGUGGGUUUUACACGGAAAAACAAAAAAAAGAGACCAUCAAUAGAUCUUCUCAGUCAAUUAGGAAGCAAGGAAAAGAGCGAAGAAAAUGAUAAAAAAUCAAACAGGAAAAGUGUUUUGAUGGUUCACUUAAAGGUAUUUUUGUUUUGUGGAUUUUGAGAAAACUUAAUUUUCCAUUAGUUUUAAUGUAGAAUCCAACUGAUUUUUUUUCUUAAUUAACACUCAGAAACAGAAAACUUAAUGCUAUAUGACAAAGCUGCCAAUUUGUUUAAGUUGAAAUAUUUAACUGAAGAUUGUAUACAUAUUUUCCUCUGUUGGCAAACUUACAGCACUCAGACAGUCAUGCAAUUAGCCUAAUUAUUUAAUAGUUACUCUAUAUAAACAUACAAUGUCAGUUGAAUAAAAUCAUCUCUAAAGUCAGAUUAAGAAUUUUGUGAUUAACUAGGAAAGACUGCUUCAAAAUCGACGACACAAUAACAAGAAAGAAAAAUGUUGGAACAUUUGGAAUGUAAUUAAAAAGAAGAAAAAAACCGUACCAAAAUUUUCACCAGCUGCAAGAGGGGAAUAUUUACGGAAAAGUGUCAAAUUCUCACCUAAGAAAAUCAGUGUUAGUGUAGAACGAAAAAUUGCUCGUAAUUUUUUCAAUCAUUCAAGAUGAUGAAGAUGAAGAGGAAAUAAAAUCUGUGCUGAAAAUAA